AUGGAAGAAAAACAAAAACCAUUGUUUAUGUUCUGCAUUGUGGUAUCAAUCUUAUCUCUAGCAACAAACGUAUCAUGUUUGAACCAAGAUGGUCUCUACCUGUACCAAUUCAAGCUCACCUUAGACGAUCCCGACUCCUCUCUCUCUUCCUGGAACCCAUCAGACACCACACCAUGCAACUGGUACGGCGUCCGUUGCGACGCCACCAACACCACCGUAACAGAACUCGACCUCUCCGACACCAACAUCCAAGGCCCAUUCACAGCAUCAAUCCUCUGCCGUCUCCCCAACCUCUCCUCCAUCAACCUCUUCAACAACUCCAUUAACCAAACCUUCCCCCUCCAAAUCUCCCUCUGUCAAAACCUCCUCCACCUCGACCUCUCUCAGAAUCUCCUCACCGGCCCCCUCCCGGAAAUCCUCUCCACUCUCACUAACCUCCGUUACCUCGACCUCACCGGAAACAACUUCUCCGGUAACAUACCACUCUCCUUCGGCACAUUCCAGAAACUCGAAGUACUCUCACUCGUGUCCAAUCUUCUAGAAGGUACCAUUCCUCCGUCUCUUGGAAACAUCACUACUUUGAAAAUGCUUAACCUCUCUUACAACCCGUUUUUCCCGGGUCGGAUCCCUUCCGAACUCGGAAACCUAACUCACCUUGAAGUUCUAUGGUUAACGCAAUGCAACCUUGUUGGUGUGAUUCCUGAAACUCUCGGGAAGCUGAAGAAGCUUAAGGAUUUGGACCUUGCGUUGAAUGAUCUUUACGGUUCUAUUCCGAGUUCGCUCACUGAGUUAACGAGUUUGAGACAGAUUGAGUUGUAUAAUAACUCGUUAUCCGGUGAGUUGCCGAGGGGAAUGGGGAAGCUUACUAAUUUGAGGCUUCUUGAUGCGUCCAUGAAUCAUUUGACGGGGAGGAUUCCGGAGGAACUUUGUUCGUUGCCGUUGGAGAGUUUGAAUCUCUAUGAGAAUCGUUUUGAGGGUGAGUUGCCGGCGAGUAUAGCUGACUCGCCGAAUCUCUAUGAGUUAAGGUUGUUUGCAAACCGGCUUACCGGAAAGUUGCCGGAGAAUCUCGGGAAACGGUCUCCUCUGAGGUGGCUUGACGUUUCGAGUAACCAGUUCUGGGGGAGUAUUCCGGCGAGUUUGUGUGAUCUUGGUGAGUUAGAGGAGCUUUUGAUGAUAUAUAAUUUGUUCACCGGUGAGAUUCCGGCGAGUUUGGGGACGUGUCAGAGCUUGUCGCGUGUACGUUUAGGUUAUAACAGAUUCUCCGGUGAGGUUCCGGCGGGGAUCUGGGGUCUUCCUCAUGUUUAUCUUCUCGAACUUGCUCAUAACUCGUUUUCCGGUUCCAUUUCGAAGACCAUUGCCGGAGCUGGGAACCUUUCUUUGUUGAUUUUGUCUAAGAACAACUUCUCGGGAACUGUUCCCGAUGAGGUUGGGUGGUUGGAAAAUCUCGUCGAGUUUUCUGCCGCUGAUAACAUGUUCAGUGGCCCACUUCCAGAUAGUUUGGUCAAUCUUGGGCAGCUUGGCAUUCUUGAUUUUCACAACAACAGGCUUUCUGGGGAACUACCAAAGGGGAUUCAUUCUUGGAAGAAGCUCAAUGAUUUGAAUUUGGCCAACAAUGGAAUUGGUGGGAAGAUUCCCGAUGAGAUUGGUAGUUUAUCAGUUCUUAAUUUUCUUGAUCUUUCGCGGAAUCAGUUUUCAGGAAAAAUCCCUCAUGGGUUGCAGAAUCUGAAGCUGAAUCAGCUGAAUUUUUCGUAUAAUCGACUUUUGGGAGAACUUCCUCCUCAGUUGGCUAAGGAAAUGUACAAGUCUAGUUUCUUGGGGAACCCUGGUUUGUGUGGAGAUUUGAAAGGUUUGUGUGAUGGUAGGAAUGAAGUGAAGAAUUUGGGUUACGUUUGGUUGCUUCGAGCGAUUUUUCUUCUAGCCGUUUUGGUUUUCCUAGUUGGUGUUGUCUGGUUCUAUUUUAGGUACAAGAAUUUCAAGGAAGCAAAAAGGGCUAUUGAUAAAUCAAAAUGGACUUUAAUGUCAUUCCAUAAGCUUGGUUUUGGCGAAGACGAGAUUUUGAAUUGUCUUGAUGAAGAUAAUGUCAUUGGAAGUGGCUCUUCAGGAAAGGUUUACAAGGUUGUACUUAACAGCGGGGAAGCUGUUGCUGUGAAGAAGAUAUGGGGAGGGGCCAGAAAGGAAGUGGAGAGUGGUGAUGCUGAAAAGGGUAGGGUUCAAGACAAUGCUUUUGAUGCCGAGGUUGAAACUUUGGGAAAAAUCAGACACAAGAACAUUGUCAAGUUAUGGUGUUGCUGUACCACUAGGGAUUGUCAGCUUUUGGUUUACGAGUAUAUGCAAAACGGUAGUCUUGGUGAUUUGCUUCAUAGUAGUAAAGGAGGGUUGUUGGAAUGGCCAACAAGAUACAAGAUAGCUGUGGAUGCGGCAGAUGGACUCUCUUAUCUCCAUCAUGAUUGUGUUCCGCCAAUUGUUCAUAGAGAUGUUAAAUCUAAUAAUAUCUUGUUGGAUGGAGACUUUGGUGCAAGGGUGGCUGAUUUCGGAUUAGCUAAGGUUGUCGAAAUCACAGGGAAAGGAAUUAAAUCCAUGUCCAUCAUUGCUGGAUCUUGUGGCUAUAUUGCACCAGAAUAUGCCUACACCCUUAGAGUGAACGAGAAGAGCGACAUUUAUAGUUUUGGUGUUGUUAUACUUGAAUUGGUUACUGGAAGACGGCCGGUGGAUCCUGAAUUCGGGGAGAAAGAUUUGGUUAAAUGGGUUUGCACUACAUUGGAUCAGAAAGGUGUGGACCAUGUAAUUGACUCGAGGCUAGAUUCUUGUUUCAAAGAAGAAAUUUGCAAGGUUUUCAACAUUGGCCUAAUGUGCACUAGUCCUCUUCCAAUCAACCGGCCUUCAAUGAGAAGAGUAGUGAAGAUGUUGCAAGAGGUAGGAAUAGAGAACCAAAUGAAACCUGCAAAGAAAGAUGGAAAAUUAACCCCUUAUUACUAUGAUGAUGCUUCUGAUCAUGGAAGUGUUGUUUGA